CACACCUACCUACGCACCCCUUGUUCACCUGGAUCUUGCCAUUUCUCUCUCUAAUCCUUUCUCUUUCUACCGUUAUCUAUUUUCACUUCUUCUGUAUUUUUUAUUUUUUAUUUUUUCCAAAAUUUCCCCUCUCGUUUCUUGGUUUUUUGUCGACUGUUUUCUGCUCAUGGCUUUUAAUUUGAUCGAUUAAAUUCUGAAAAAAAAAAAAAAAAAACUUUGUAAAAAAAUUUCUGGUGUGAUGGGUAUUUGUUUUUCGAAGAAUGAUAAUAAGAGAGAGGCUGAAAAUGUGUAUGAUAAGAAGAUAUAUUUGAAGUCGAAGAAGAGUAGCUCAGGUGAUUUUGCAGCAUUUAUUAGCAAGUUAAGUGGUGGUGGCGCGGCUGUCGCAGCCGCCGAGGAGCGGGCGCUGCACCAGAUUCAGGGCAGACUUUUCUCCAAUGGCGCAAACGGCAUCGCCUGCUUAUACACUCAGCAGGGGAAGAAAGGAACUAAUCAAGACGCCAUGAUCAUUUGGGAGAACUUUUGUACGAGAAGCAAUACAAAUGCAAUAUUUUGCGGUGUGUUUGAUGGUCAUGGUCCUUUUGGUCAUAUGGUUGCAAGGAAAGUUCGGGAUACUCUUCCUCUCUUGCUGCGUGAAGAGUGGGAAGCCAAAUCCGGUAGCAAACAAAUUUCUGCCGGCGAGAAGGGGAACCAUACAGGAAUGAUUCGUUUUGAUGAGUUCAUGGAUGAUGGUGGAUUUGAUUCAAUUGAAGUUGACGACAAUGAGAAACUCCCUGAGAUGCAUAUGCCGCUUAAGAGGUCAAUAUUGAAGGCUUUCAAGUUAAUGGAUAAGGAACUGAAGUUGCAUUCUACCAUUGAUUGUUUCUGUAGCGGUACAACUGCAGUUACUUUGAUAAUGCAGGAUCAGGAUCUCAUAAUCGGAAACAUUGGUGACUCGAGAGCAGUAUUAGCAACAAGAAAUAAAGACAAUUCUUUGAUGGCUGUGCAGUUGACUGUAGAUUUGAAACCCAAUCUUCCAAGAGAAGCUGCAAGGAUCCAGAAAUGUAAGGGAAGAGUUUUCGCAUUGCAAGAUGAGCCAGAAGUUGCACGUGUAUGGUUGCCCAAUAGCAAUUCACCUGGUUUGGCGAUGGCCCGAGCGUUUGGUGACUUUUGUUUGAAAGAUUUUGGUUUAAUUUCUAUCCCAGAUGUUUAUUACCACCACAUCACUAAGGGAGACGAGUUUGUUGUUCUCGCCACUGAUGGGGUAUGGGAUGUCCUCUCCAAUAAGGAAGCCGUGGACAUUGUGGCCUCGGCUCCUGGUCCAACAGCCGCCAGGGCUCUUGUCGACUGCGCAACUAGAGCAUGGAGGCUCAAGUACCCGACAUCAAAGAACGAUGACUGUGCCGUUGUAUGUCUCUUCCUGCAACAAGUAUCCGGAGCUAAUGUGUCUAAAGCACAGAAUAAUAUCACUACAGACCUCGAAGUGGAAGCGAAGGUGCCUAAAGAAGGGGGCAUUGAAGGCUCAAAUAUUGAUGUAGCUUCUCGUACUGAUCUUCCUAUACGUUUAGAUAACAUUAAAGAGUCCAGUACUAAUGUGGCUAAAGCAGAAAAUAAUAUCACUACUAACUCGGAAGAGGAAAUGAAGGUCCCUAAAGAAGGCGACACCGAGGGCUCAAAUAUUGACAUUGUAGCUUCUCAUGCUGAUCUUGUUGUGCAUUCAAGUAUUGUUAAAGAAUCGAGCGACAUAGAGUCUGUAAUCGAGCCAGUGGAGGAGAAGCUACCAGGAAGGAUUCAUGAGCAGUCAAAGAGGAGCCUAGCCGAGUGCCUUUCAAUUGCAGAGGAUGAUGAAUGGUCAGCCCUCGAAGGUGUGACCCGUGUUAAUAGUCUACUUAGUCUUCCGAGGUUCUUAUCUUUCGAGAAAGGAUCGGUGAGUUGGAGAAAGUGGUUAUGAUGAUGUCGACUAAAGUACAAUGUGUGAUUUUUGCUGUAAGAUAAAGCCAUUUUUCUCAGGAUUGCUUCCUAAACGAAUCUGACGGCAGUCAAAUUUAGAACACACUGAUUGUGGCUGGAAAAGUUUAUGCAUGUACCGUUCGAAUAUGUUUGUUACACUCCUAAUAGGGAAAUAGAAAGUAUACAUUUUUGUUUUAUCUGUAAUAUUUUUCUUCCUCUUGGGAUUCCGACUCUUGACGAAUGUAUAUUGUGCUCUAUCAAUUGCUUGAAAUCUUGGCUUGGUCAUCUCA